CAAUUUAUCACGACCCUUUCAGGUGGACCCCUUAAAGUUGUAAGCCUUUAAAAAGGCCAAGUAUUUCUUUCUCAGGGAGCUCUGCUCUUUAGACGCAAGUCUGCCGAUGCUCCCAGCCGAAUAAAAAAACCUCUUCCUUCUUUAAUCCAGUGUCUGAGGAGUUUUGUCUGCGGUUUGUCCUGCUACAGAAGGAUUAAGAAAGAUAUAGUGAUACUGGUUAGCAACAUACUUUGUGGAAUCUCCUCCCAGGUGCUGUUUGGGAUUCCACUUAGCUUAAUCCAAUGAGCUUGUCCCCCUCCGCUCCUUCUCCUGCACUGAUUCUGUUCCUAGCGUGGAAUUUACCUGCCUUUCCUCCUUGCUAACAUCUCCCAACCUUUAUUUUCCAGAGCGAUUUCUCCCUUUCUCAAACCACACCAGUCCAAGCUAAGCUCUCCGAUUUUAGGACUCUAAGGGCAUUAUUACCUGUAUCACAUUAUAUGACAUGCUCGAUUAAAUUCUGCCAAAGUUGAAAAGUACCACAGUGUUAAGUGUAUAGAAACUGGCGUCAGACUAGCUGAGUUUGAUUCCACCUUUGUCAUGUAGUGGCUGUGUGACUUUAGUCGAGUAACACAGUCUCUCUGUGCUUCAGUUUCUCCAGCUAUAAGCGGAUAUAACAGUAUCUCUUGUUAUGAGGAUUAAAGGAGUUACUACUAUUACAGAGUUUAGAACAGUGUUUGUUACAUCCUAAGCCCUAAGAAUAGGGAUAAAAAUCAAUUUGUGUUCCUGCUCCAGGAAGUUUCACGCUCAUGGUUAAGAGGGAUACAAAGAUAUAUGUGGCAUUUGCCCUAGACUCAAGGAGCUAGCAAUUUCGUGCUGGUCAGAUUUAGAUUUCAUAGCGAUUUUCUGUAUGCUCUGGUCCAGCGGCCUCUGUACUUGGGCAACUUUGGCAUGAAAGGCCAGAAAGUCCACUUAUAAUUGCCACUUUUUAGAACCUGUUUGCAAGGCGAAAGAAUGGUGGCUGCCAGAAUUCAAGAGGAGGAAAGGGUGAAGCCUUUUUGCAAGGUUUUGGAAGAUUUUCGUUUCAACGGACUAAAAGCUACUGCCAGUAGCCUCUAGACAGGCCUGGAAAGGCAGGGGAGGCCCUUCAGACCCCGUUUCCCCCUGCCCCUAACCCUACGGUGGGCCUGGCCUCAUGCCCCGCCCCGCCCCUGCAGGGUAUCUGACCUAGGCCCUGCCCCUCCCAGCCCAGCGCCCCGCCCAGCUCCCCGCCCCUGCAACUUGUAGGCCUCGGCUCCGGCCCCGCCCUAUCGCCCCGCCCCUUCCCGGGCUCCGUGUCUUCUGCCCUGCGCUGAGUGUCCGCAUUGCCCUCGCGGCAGUCGUGGGCACGCCGCUCGGCGUCGGUGCCUGAGGGAGGCCGCAAUGUCGGCCGAGACCCUGGCGGCGGAGGCCGUGGCGUCGCGCCUGGAGCGGCAGGAGGAGGACAUCCGCUGGCUGUGGGCGGAGGUCCAGCGCCUGAGGGACGAGCAGCUGAACGCGCCCUACAGCUGCCAGGCGGAGGGCCCGUGCCUCACGCAGGAGGUGGCGCAGCUCCGGGCAGAGAACCGCUACCUGCGCCACCGCCUGUGCCGCCUGCGGCUGUGCCUCGCCGAGGAGCUGAGCCGCCAGGCCACGCUGGAGAGCGCGGAGCUGGCGGGGGCGCAGGAGGCUGGCGCACAGCGUACUUCUAGUCAAAGCCAAGACGAGGACACGAAAAACAAGAAAAUGAAGGAAAGCGAGCCUGACAGUGAGGUAGUGAAACAACCGAUUUUCAUAAAAGAAAGACUGAAGCUUUUUGAAAUACUGAAGAAAGACCAUCAGCUCUUACUUUCCGUUUAUGGAAAAAAAGGGGAUACAAGCAAUAUCAUCACAGUGAGAGUGGCUGAUGGGCAAACAGUACAAGGGGAAGUCUGGAAAACAACGCCUUACCAAGUGGCUGCUGAAAUUAGUCAGGAACUGGCUGAAAGCACAGUAAUAGCCAAAGUAAAUGGUGAAUUGUGGGACCUGGACCGCCCGUUGGAAGGGGACUCUUCUCUAGAGCUGCUUACAUUUGAUAAUGAGGAAGCUCAAGCUGUGUACUGGCACUCCAGUGCUCACAUUCUUGGGGAGGCCAUGGAACUUUACUAUGGAGGCCACCUGUGCUACGGUCCGCCCAUUGAAAAUGGAUUUUAUUAUGACAUGUUCAUUGAAGACAGAGCAGUGUCCAGCACAGAAUUGUCAGCCCUGGAGGAUAUAUGUAAAGCCAUCAUAAAAGAAAAGCAACCUUUUGAAAGACUAGAAGUCAGCAAGGAAAUCCUCCUGGAAAUGUUUAAGUACAAUAAAUUUAAAUGCCGCAUUCUGAAUGAGAAGGUUGACACUGCAACUACCACAGUGUACAGGUGCGGUCCAUUAAUUGACCUUUGCAAAGGUCCACAUGUAAGACACACUGGAAAAAUUAAAACCAUCAAAAUUUUUAAGAAUUCCUCAACAUACUGGGAGGGCAAUCCCGAAAUGGAAACAUUGCAAAGGAUCUAUGGAAUAUCCUUUCCUGAUAACAAGAUGAUGAGGAACUGGGAAAAGUUCCAAGAGGAAGCAAAGAACCGAGAUCACAGGAAGAUUGGGAAGGAACAAGAACUUUUCUUUUUCCAUGAUUUGAGUCCUGGAAGCUGUUUUUUCCUUCCCAGAGGAGCCUUCAUUUAUAAUACACUUACGGAUUUCAUACGAAUUUUAAUGUUGAAUGCAUGUAUCUUGAAGGAGGAAUAUCACAAACGUGACUUCACGGAGGUGCUCUCUCCCACCAUGUACAACAGUAAACUCUGGGAAGCCUCGGGCCACUGGCAGCAUUACAGCGAGAACAUGUUUACCUUUGAGAUUGAAAAGGACACUUUUGCCCUCAAACCCAUGAAUUGUCCAGGUCACUGUCUAAUGUUUGCCCAUCGUCCACGAUCUUGGAGGGAAAUGCCUAUGAGAUUUGCUGAUUUUGGAGUUCUGCAUAGAAAUGAACUGUCAGGGACUCUCAGCGGCUUGACCAGAGUCAGGCGCUUCCAGCAGGAUGAUGCUCACAUCUUUUGCACAGUGGAGCAGAUUGAAGAAGAAAUAAAGGGGUGUUUGCAGUUUUUGCAAUCUGUUUACUCAACAUUUGGCUUCUCCUUUCAAUUAAACCUGUCAACAAGGCCAGAAAACUUCCUAGGAGAGAUUGAGAUGUGGAAUGAGGCUGAGAAGCAACUGCAGAAUAGCUUGAUGGAAUUUGGAGAACCAUGGAAAAUGAACCCAGGUGAUGGAGCAUUUUAUGGCCCUAAAAUUGACAUAAAAAUCAAGGAUGCUAUUGGCAGAUACCAUCAAUGUGCUACAAUUCAGCUGGACUUCCAACUGCCUAUUAGAUUUAAUCUCACAUAUGUUAGUAAGGAUGGGGAUGAUAAGAAGAGACCUGUGAUCAUUCAUCGAGCCAUUUUGGGAUCAGUGGAAAGAAUGAUAGCCAUUCUUUCAGAAAACUAUGGGGGAAAAUGGCCUUUCUGGCUAUCUCCUCGUCAGGUAAUGGUCAUCCCUGUGGGACCAACUUGUGAAAAAUAUGCACUUCAGGUAUCCAGUGAAUUUUUUGAAGAAGGAUUUAUGGCUGACGUUGACUUAGAUCAUAAUUGUACACUAAAUAAGAAAAUACGAAAUGCACAGCUGGCUCAGUAUAAUUUUAUUUUGGUAGUUGGAGAAAAGGAAAAGAUAAAUAAUGCUGUAAACGUGCGAACAAGAGACAACAAAAUUCAUGGAGAGAUUUUAGUAGCUUCUGCCAUUGAUAAACUGAAGAAUCUCAAGAAGUCACGGACACUCAUUGCUGAGGAGGACUUUUGAAGUCCUUCCCUGAUAUUUGCUUCUGUGUAACUUUGUUUUGACCCUUAAAAAUGUAUUUUUCUUAACAUGUUAGUACUUCUAAGACUUUGGAGCCUUUGAUGGGGGUUCAUUCACGAGCUCAGCUGAGAAAGGAGACAAUGAAUGGUAGCUGACAUGUACCAAGUUUAAUUCACUGAUGUCCAUGAGGGACCAUCAGAGGGCACGUGUGGGAAAUUUUCCAGCAAUCAAUGCCUUGAGAAAUGUAAAUGGAGAAAUAUUAUUCAUUGAAAAAGUGAAACAAAACACUAGGAAAUGAUUAUGAAAUGUUAGGGCUAAGAUUUGUGAUUUUCAAAAGAUGGGCUUCAAAUAAAAGUCUGCAGAGUUUUUUUUUUUUUAACAUGAGGGAAAAUCUUAUUUUCUAGUAUGUCUCAGGUAUUUUUAUGACUUUCACUAAAAUUCACAGUGAAACUUUAUCUUCAAAAUUGGAAUCAUUACUUAAUUUUAACCAACAACCACAAAAGCAGCAGCUACUACUAAAUAUUGGAUUACUGACAAAGGAAUUCAGUUUUGUGAAAUCUGGUGUUUGCACUAUAGGUUAAGAGUUGCCAUUUAAAUGUUUCUAAUUCAUAAUUAGGUUUUGUUCAGCUUUAGAAAAAAAUAAAUUCCUGAAUGAACUGCA